AUGCUGGGAUGCGUGACACGCCUCCGUCGGCUGGUCCGUCUCCUCCCCCUCCAGACCUCCCUCCUCCUCCUCUUUCUUUUCUGUGCUGUCAGUGUCUUCAUUUCUGCCUACUUCCUCUAUGGCGUCAAACGGGAGUUGGAGCCCUCGGGAGGGGGCAUUUCUGGAAGCGAGGGGGCAUCGGCUGACUCUGAUGACCCCCGGGUGACUCCGUCGAGACUGCUCCCAUUGCGAGGUGUGUCAGGAGGGCCCGGGAUGGAUCCGGGAGGGGCUAGGACUGACCCUGUAGUUCUGGUGUUUGUGGAAAGCCAGUACUCCCAGUUGGGUCAGGAGAUUGUUGCCAUCUUGGAAUCUGGAAGGUUCCGGUACCGGACAGAGAUCUCUCCUGGUAAAGGAGACAUGCCAACGCUAACGGACAAAGAAAGAGGACGCUUCACCCUGGUGAUUUAUGAAAAUAUUCUUAAAUACGUCAACCUGGAUGCCUGGAACCGAGAGCUACUGGACAAAUACUGUGUGGAAUACGGAGUAGGCAUCAUCGGCUUCUUCAAGGCCAAUGAGAACAGCCUACUGAGUGCACAGCUGAAAGGCUUCCCACUCUUCCUCCACUCCAAUUUGGGCCUAAAGGAUUGCACUGUUAAUCCUAAAUCUCCACUACUUUUUAUUACCCGCUCUGGUCAGCCAUUACCUGGUCCGCUUCCUGGGGAUGACUGGACCGUCUUCCAGUCCAAUCACUCCACCUAUGAACCCGUUUUGCUGGCCAAGACUCAAUCUGCUGACAGUGUCGCAUCCAUGGGGCAGAACGCCGCUCUGCUUCCAUCUGUGGUGCAGGAUCUGGGGCUUCACGAUGGCAUCCAGAGAGUCCUCUUCGGCAACAACCUGGUCUUCUGGCUGCACAAGCUGGUGUUUGUGGAUGCCGUGGCCUUCUUGACAGGAAAGAGACUCUCGCUCUCCCUGGAGCGCUACAUCCUGGUGGAUAUAGAUGACAUCUUUGUUGGAAAAGAAGGCACCCGUAUGAAGGUGUCUGAUGUUAAGGCCCUGCUGGAGACACAGAGAGAGCUCCGCACAAACGUGCCCAACUUCACCUUCAACCUGGGCUUCUCUGGAAAAUUCUUCCAUGCUGGUUCUGAUGAGGAGGACCUGGGAGAUGACCUGCUGCUAUCCUUUGUGAAGGAGUUCUGGUGGUUCCCUCACAUGUGGAGCCACAUGCAGCCCCACCUCUUCCACAACCAGUCUGUGCUGGCAGAGCAGAUGCUGCUGAACAAGAAAUUUGCCAUAGAGCAUGGCAUACCCACUAAUAUGGGCUAUGCUGUGGCGCCCCACCACUCUGGUGUCUACCCCGUCCACAUGCAGCUGUACGAUGCCUGGAAGAAGGUGUGGGGCAUCAAGGUGACCAGCACGGAGGAGUACCCCCACUUGAAGCCUGCGCGGUUCCGACGAGGCUUCAUCCACAGCGGCAUUAGUGUGUUGCCGAGGCAGACUUGUGGCCUGUUCACACACACGAUCUUCUACAAAGACUAUCCGGGCAGUCCGAACGAACUGGAUAAGCUCAUCAAUGGAGGGGAACUGUUUCUUACUGUCCUCCUAAACCCUAUAAGCAUCUUCAUGACCCACUUGUCCAACUAUGGAAAUGAUCGUCUUGGUUUGUAUACAUUUAAGAGCCUGGUGAAGUUCAUCCAGACAUGGACCAACCUAAAGCUUCAGACCCUGCCACCCAUUCAACUAGCCCAGAAGUAUUUCAGCCUCUUUCCCUCUGAGAGAGACCCGCUCUGGCAAGAUCCUUGUGAGGACAAAAGGCACAAGGACAUCUGGUCCAAAGAGAAAACAUGCGACCGCUUCCCCAAACUGCUCGUCAUCGGGCCUCAAAAGACAGGGACGACGGCACUCUAUCUGUUUCUAGGUAUGCACCCGGACCUGACCAGUAACUACCCCAGCAAAGAAACCUUUGAGGAGAUCCAGUUCUUCAAUGGGCACAACUAUCACAGAGGCAUUGACUGGUAUAUGGAGUACUUCCCCCUUCCUUCCAAUACCAGUUCAGACUACUAUUUUGAAAAGAGUGCCAACUACUUUGACUCAGAGGUGGCCGCUCAGCGGGCUGCAGCUCUCCUGCCCAAGGCAAAGAUCAUCACCAUUCUCAUCAACCCGGCUGACAGGGCUUACUCCUGGUACCAGCACCAAAGAGCCCAUGAUGAUCCAGUGGCGCUAAAGUACUCCUUCCACGAUGUCAUCACGGCAGGACAUGGAGCCCCGGUCAAACUACGGGUCCUCCAAAAUCGCUGUCUAGUACCGGGUUGGUAUGCCAUCCACCUGGAGCGCUGGCUCAACCACUACCACUCGAGCCAGUUGCUGGUCCUGGAUGGCCAGAUGCUGAAGACUGAGCCAGCAUCAGUCAUGGAUAAAAUUCAGAAGUUCCUCAGCCUUGCCAACACUGUCAACUACCACAAGAUCCUGGCGUUUGACCCCAAGAAAGGCUUCUGGUGUCAGCUACUUGAAGGCGGGAAAACUAAGUGUUUGGGGAAGAGUAAAGGGCGUAGGUACCCUGAUAUGGACCCUGAGUCCCAGGUGUUCCUCAGGGAGUAUUACAGGGAUCAUAACAUUGAACUCUCCAAGCUGCUGUAUAGGAUGGGCCAACCACUACCCAGCUGGCUCCGAGAGGAGUUGGUUCACACCAGGUAGCAGCACCAUGGUGGGACACCAGAGCUCCACAGACUGGACCAGCUGUUUAACCCAUUGCUCAACCGUGGGAGUAUGACAGGGACUUCCCAGGAAGCCAUAGGUCUCAUGCGGUUUGGAAAAAGAUUGAAAUCUAUCAAAAUGGUGAUCCUGUCCACGGGUUACCGACCUUGAACACUAUAUGUGUGUGUGUUUGUGUGUGGCUCUUCAUGAGAUGGAUCGAGCGAGAGUGGGUGUUGAGGGAGAAGAGAGCAUGAAUAAUAACUGAACGGGGUAGCAGCUGGUAUAUAUGCCGGCAGUGAGUCUCUUUGCUCCAAGCAUCUAAGUGCACUCCCUGCUCGUCGUUCUCCUUUUUAGGUGCCUCUACCAAGACAUGGGAGCCGUAGGGCUUUGCCAUAGCUUUUCUGUGUUUUCAGGAAGAGGGGAAGGAACUGCGACACACGCGUACACACACAGGAGGAAGUUUAAUCACCACAACCCCUAUCCUUUUUAUCUCUCGCUCUCUAUUUCUCGCUCUCUCUCUGUAACCAGACCUCCUCUGCUUUUUGUGAACUCAGCACAUCAUUGUAAAAUCAAAGG